UCGUCACAGUGGCCUCAGUCUGGUCAAGCAACCAUCCCAAUGUACAAUGUGUCUAUUUAAUUUCUCAUAUUGAAUAAAUAAUUCAAAGAAGUAAAAAAUACAAUUAAAAAAACGUUCGUCAUAAUAACAGGUGUUUAGCUGUUUCAAGCAAAUAAUUAUUAUGAUGAUGGAUGCUGAAGAAGAGUUAUUACAAAUGAGUGUAUUGGAGAAAAAUAAUCCAAUUAUUUAUAAGCUUCUUCUGGAAAAUUUAUUGGUCAAUCAUUAUGCUGUAUUCAAAAGUUUUCUUAUAAGGGAGUUAAAGAAAAAACCAUCAAUUAUCGAUGUCAAUUAUGUUUAUCCAGAUCCAGUUAAGAAAACACUUCUGGACAUUGCUUGUAGUCAAGGUAAGACUGAUUUUGUCCGGCUACUUGUUGAUAAUGGUGCUGAGACAAAUAAAAUAAAUGAAUUUCAUGGACGUGCACCAAUACAUUUUGCAAGUGAAUAUGGUUAUCAUGAUGUCAUUGGUAUACUCCUGGAUGAUUCAAGAACAAAUCCAAAUUUGGAAGUUAACAGGGAGACUGCCCUUCACUUUGCAGUACAAAAAAAUUAUAUAAUGUGUGUCAAGGUAUUACUGGAUAAUAAUUCAAGUCCAAAUAUACCAAAUUCAAAGGGUGUAACACCACUUCAUGCUGCUGUUACACUUGGCUAUCGUGAUAUUGUUGAUACAAUUAUGAAUUAUUCAAGAUUAAAACCUGAUAUUGAUAGCUAUCGUGAUUUUAGAAAAAAAACAACGCGUGUUUUAUUGAUUAAUAAAUAUCCAGAUAUAAUAUUACCACCAGAAGAAAUACAAAAAAUUGAUUUUAAUGUAUUGAGAUUUUAUCUUGAUGCAAAUGAUGAAGAUCAUUUUUUAGAAAAUUUAAAUAAAAUUGAGGAAAAACAAAUUGAUCAUAUUGAUAGAUUAAUUGUUAUGUGUGCAGAAAAAAAUUUUUGCAAAGGUAUUGUUGGAUUAUUGGAGAAGACAAAAGCUGAGACAGGUGAUGGAUUGCCUUAUGAGGCACUGGAUGCUGCAGUUAAACGUGGAAAUUAUCAAAUUCUUCAACAAUUUUUAAAAUCUGGUAGUAAAGUUGAUGGAGAUUUAGUAUUGACUGCAGCGAGAGAACUUGGUGUUCCUUGUUGUUCUGGUGUUGAGCAGGGAUCGAGAUUAAAAUGUUUAAAAAUAAUUUUAAAUCAACCUGGUGUCAACGUUCGUUGUGAAGAUGACAAAGGAAACACUCCUCUUCAUUAUGCAGCAAGAGCUGAAGACACAGAGGCAAUACAACUUUUAUUAAAAUUAGGAAGCUAUAUUGGUCACAAAAAUGUUCUUGGAGUUCCACCACUUGCUAAUAUAUCACCAAGUCUUUUGUCUGAUUACUUUGACAGUUGUCUACACAGUAGCAAUGAUCGAACAGAUGAAUACGAAAUUGAAUUUGAUUACAAGUGUCUGAUGCCUCAUUCAGUAACAUUUGGUACUGAAGAUUCAGCUGUAGAUGAUUUUUUAACAUCAAAUUAUCAAAUGAAUGAUCCAUGCACAAUGGAGAUGGAACCAUUGAGAUAUAUUUCUCAACAACCAGCCUUGAAGCAUCUGUUGAAACAUCCAAUACUAUCAUCAUUUUUAUCCAUCAAGUGGCAUCGUAUCAGACAAAUUCUUUAUGCAAAUUUUGUAUUCUACGUUAUUUUUUAUACUCUCAUGAAUUGUUAUAUUCUCUUCAUGGCGUAUAACGAUGGAACAACAACUAAUGGAACAUCUAAACUGGAAAAUUUAGAAACAAAAAAUUCAGAUAUAAUUUUUUUAACAUCUUGGAAUCAACCAUCAAUGCUCUUGACUCUGACAGCAGCACUUUUAUUUCUGCUAGCAUCUCGUGAAUUUAUACAGUUGAUAUCAUCACCACGUCACUAUGUCCAGAGCAUUGAAAAUUGGCUUGAGGUAACACUUAUAAUUUUGGGAAUAGCUGUUUUAUGUGGGGCUGGUUCUCAAGUUGGUUCAAUCGUUAUUCUUUUAUCAGCAUGGGAACUUGUUGUUUUAAUUGGACAACAUCCAAGAAUGUCAACUAGCAUACAAAUGUUCAAAACGGUAUCAAUUAAUUUCAUGAAAUUUUUAUUUCUUUAUGCAUUUUUAAUAUUUUCAUUUGCACUGGCAUUUUUUACGUUAUUUAAAAAUGGUGAUGAUAGUAAAUUUUUAAAUCCCGUUCAGUCAUUGUUUAAAACAAUAGUUAUGUUAACCGGUGAAUUUGAUGCCAGUGAUAUACCGUUUGAUUUACAUCCUACUUUGGGUAGAUUUAUUUUUGUACUUUUUGUUUUUCUCAUUGCCAUUGUACUGUUUAAUCUUUUGAAUGGCCUUGCUGUUUCUGAUACUGCUGAUAUACUUGGAAAAGCUGAGCUAGUUGGACUUGUAUCACGAACUGAACUUAUUUCAUAUGUUGAAAGAAUUUCUAUCGGUGAAAAUGCAAACUCACGCGGUAAAUGCUGUAUUCAAUUAAUGAGCAAUCGUUUUAAAUUACUGGGUUUUAUGACAAAACGGAUACUCAUGUUUCCAAAUUAUUUACCACUCGGCAAAAUUAGUGUUAAACCAUACAAAUCAAAUGUCAUACGAAUUUCCGGUAAAAACCAUCAAAAUAAAGGUUGUAGAAAUUUUUCAAUGGAUGAUAAAAUUGUUGAUAGUGCUAGAGCUAUUUUAUCAGAAAAUAAUCGUGUCAGUGAGGGAGAAAAAAUAAUGAUUGAACUGAUGAAUAUUAAUCAAAGAAUUAAUCGAUUUGAAGAAACUCUUGAAAGUAUUGAAAGAAGUUUAAAAAAUAAUUCAUUAAAACCGACUGACAGCAUUGAAUAAUAUACCAAAAAAUUUUCAUUACCUUCGUGGAAAUAAUUCUCCGUCUUUUUUUUAAAAAACAAUUUUGGAGAAGAGGUGGAGAAAAGUAGAAAAAUUCGGAGAAUUAUUUCCACCAAGGUAAUCUUGUAAAAAUAAAAUCUUAUAUUAAUUUUUUUAUAUAAAAUUUUAUAACGCGGUUACUAAAUAUUAUUUCUACGAUAACUAUAGUUUCUUUUUUUUAUAUAGAUUUAAAUGAUCAGUAAUGUUUUUUUUUUUUUUUUUGGAUAAUCAAAAGUAUACUGUACAUGUUAAAUUUUAUUCACAUGUUAAUAUCAAUAAAAUAAAUCACCAUCGUGAACUUUACCAUCUUUUAAUAAUCAGUAGGAAUGUUCAUUUUUAGAGAUUCAAUUAUUGUGAUCCAAUUAACGUAGGGUUUUGUGACCGGUGAUUAGGUUCGUGAACGCCUGUAUAUUUUUCCAUCAACUCCUCCACUUGCCCAUACAAAUUAUACGGAACAUUCACAAACCGAUUCACCAGUCAUAAACCUCUACAGUUACCUUACAAUUAUAGGAUGAGUAAUUCGUCUAAUAAAUUAAUGUAAUUUGGGUUUUUGGAAGAUAUAAAUUGAGUAAUAUUUUUUAAAAAAAUAUAUUGAAGAAUAUUUAAAUUGCUUACACAAAAAAAAUCUUAUUGAUAAUUACAGUAUUUAUUGAAUUUUUAAAACAAAACAAAAAAUGAAAAAAAAAAAUAAAUAAA